GUCUUCCAUUAUUUUAAUUUUGUAGUAAUGAUAUAAAAGAAUCCAGAAUUGCAUAAAUCGAAACAUGUGAUGCCGGAGAGGAGGGAGUGAGUUCCUGCCGAAGUAAACAUGCGAUAACAGUAUGCUAUGCAGGAAUGCUUACAGUUAUCUUAUAUCGGGAAGUUCGAGAAAGCUUCCAACCUCAUGUGUCCAAAGAACCGUAAGGAAUCGAGGCACAGGAGUAUUGUGUCCUAGUGUUUCUGAACAUUCCCAUACACGGUUUCCAUCGCACGGGUUGUUUAUUGCAUCAUUGCACACAAGAAAGCCAGUAUGUUCAACCCAAGUGAGGGCUUGUCAGCUCACUCUGUCAUGGGGUCGUGGACUGUCAUCUCCCAUCAGGAAAAAGUCAAGCUCAAGAUUACGGAAAGAUGAUGAAGCAGAGGAUGAAAAUGUGGCACAGACUAGUUCUGAUGCCUUUGAAUACAACUGGCUAGAGGAUGGUGAAUUCUUUGAUAAUCCAUACCACCAGGAUAGAAAAAUUCAACCAAGAGAUGUUGGAAAAAAGGUUUCAGUUAGUGAACCAGUCAUCUCAGAGUUAAACAAUCUUUUUGGUUUGACUCGGGCAGAAGCUCUCCAUCUAGUGAGAUCUCCUCAGUUUCUUCUGGUAGCUGAUGGUGCUGUAUUGAAAACUUUGUAUUUCCUCAAGGAGCAUGGCAUACCUAGCAAACAGCUCAAAAGACUACCAUGGAUAUUACUGCAAGCAGAAGAUGUUCUUCAGGUGAAGUUUUCAAAGUUAACAGACCCAUACUUAUUCAGAAGCUAUUCAGAUGGCUUAGGAUUUUGUCACUUCACAGCUCAACAGAUUGUAAAAUAUCGGAAGUGGUUUAGUAUUGAAUCAUAUAAAUUUCCUGAUCACCCUAAUCGGCUUUAUUACUUGGCAGAAAGGAUGAAGGUUCCAGUUGACCAGUUGACAGAGAGAAUUGUCAAACCAAAGCGCAUUCUUUUUAUGGACUUGGAAAGAGUGGAACAUAUAACUAGCAUUUUAGAGAGGUAUGAAGUACAAUCAGAGGACAUCUUACGAGACCUCUGGGUGUAUUAUCACAAUCCAGCUAUGACAGAGGAACGGCUACUUCGUGCUACUGAAGCAGGGUGUGAAAGGCCUAAGCUAUGGAUGUGCCGCUGCCCAGAUUAUAUAUUUGAAAGGACAUGUGAAAGAUACCAGUCCCAAAAAGAACUGCUAGGAGAGAAGAGUGUAAUUGAAUAUCUUGCAGAGCGUCUGGAAUGUGAACCAGAGUUCAUUGUAAAUUAUGCACGUGGCAACCCAGGGUUGAUGCGCGCGCAUGUGUCAAAAUUGAAGAGCCAGAUUGACCUUCUCUUCUCUGAGGGGUUUACACCCAAACAGAUCAGGGCCUCCAUGCGUAUCUUAUUGUAUGCGGAGAAAAGAACUGCAGAGAGAAUAAAGAAGCUGAAAGAAAUUGGUUACUUCCCAUCAUCUGUUACUGUUCUUUACAAGACUCCAAAACAAUUUGAGAGCUAUUAUCAGUCACUUCUUCAGAAAUCAAAAGCUCUAAAUAAAUAAUGUAAAUAUUAUAUACCUAUUUAAAACAAUCAUAGUUGAAAAUAAAUAUUUUAUAAA